GAUUUGGUAAAGAGGAUGACAUUGCACGAAAAGGCGGGGAGUAUAGUGAGUGCAGCGGAUAAGAUUGACCGCCUUGGGAUACCGUCCUACGGGUGGUGGUCAGAGGCUUUGCAUGGUGUUUCGGACACCGGACCGGCUACUUGGUUCGAUAAAAAUGUUGUUCCGGGAGCCACUAGUUACCCUCAAGUCAUCCUCACUGCAGCCUCAUUCAAUGAAUCUCUAUUUUAUACCAUAGCAAAGGUUGUUUCGGAUGAAGCUAGAGCAAUGUACAACACUGGUGUAGCAGGACUAACAUAUUGGUCACCAAAUGUGAACAUAUACCGAGAUCCAAGAUGGGGAAGAGGGCAAGAAACACCCGGAGAAGAUCCAGUGCUAACGAGCCGAUUUGGAGUAGCUUAUGUUAAAGGUUUACAAGAAACCGGUGACCACGAUAAAGAUCGACUCAAACUUGGAGCUUGUUGUAAACAUUACACGGCCUAUGAUCUUGAUAACUGGACUAGUGUCGACAGGUUCCAUUUCAAUGCAAUUGUGACAAAGCAAGAUUUGGAGGAUACAUAUAACCCUCCAUUCAAAAGCUGUGUUUUUGAUGCAAAUGUUGCAAGUAUUAUGUGUUCUUUCAAUAAACUUAAUGGCAAACCGACUUGUGGUGAUAAAGAGCUUUUGCAAGAUACCGUUCGAGGCAAAUGGAAGUUAAACGGAUACAUUAGUUCUGAUUGUGAUUCAUUAGAAGUCAUGUUCAAUGACCAAAAAUGGGAGAAAACACCGGAGCAAGUUGCAGCUGAUGCGCUGAACGCAGGGUUGGAUCUCAACUGUGGGGAUUCACUAAAGAAGUUCACUGAAAAAGCUGUUAAAGACGGUCUAGUGAACGAAUCAGCAGUGGAUCGGGCUGUUACAAAUAACUUUGUGACACUGAUGAGGCUCGGCUUCUUUGAUGGUAACCCGAGCAAACAAAUAUUUGGGAAGUUAGGCAAGAAAGACAUAUGCACCAAGGCUAACCAAGACCUAGCCCGUGAAGCGGCCCGACAAGGCAUUGUGUUGCUUAAGAAUAGUUUAGGGUCCUUACCCCUUGUUCCUAGUUACAUCAAGACUCUAGCGGUAAUUGGGCCGAAUGCAAAUGCAACAAAAACCAUGAUUGGAAACUAUGCAGGAGUUCCAUGUAAAUACACAACUCCUCUACAAGGGCUAUCGGAUUCGGUUAAAACCAUGUACGAACCUGGGUGCACUGAUGUGAAGUGUACAUCGACUCACAUGUUUGAAAACGCAACGAAGGCGGCUGCAACGGCUGAUGCAGUGGUUUUAGUCAUGGGAACUGACCUUUCCAUAGAGCAUGAGGCUUUAGAUAGGAUCGAAAUCGAUCUUCCAGGACAACAAAACCUUCUUGUUUCUGAGGUCGCGUAUGCUGCUAGAGGACCAGUGAUUCUUGUUAUAAUGUCGGGUGGCGGAAUUGAUGUCACAUUCGCUAAAUGUAACCCGAAAAUCACUAGCAUUUUGUGGGUCGGGUUCCCUGGGCAAGAAGGUGGUGGUGCUCUAGCCGAUGUCAUUUAUGGUCGAUAUAAUCCUGGUGGAAGAUUACCGAUGACAUGGUACCCACGAUCGUACGCAGACAACGUUGCCAUGACCAACAUGAACAUGCGAGCAGACCCAUCAACCAGCUAUCCAGGCCGAAGCUACCGAUUCUAUCGAGGUGAGACCGUUUACCCCUUCGGCUACGGGCUAAGCUACUCAUUAUACGUGCAUCACCUUAUCAAAGCACCUACACACUUACAAAUUCCAAUAAACAAAGCCCACACAUCCUUUAGCGCGACCGACGGCGUUUGUAACAAGUUAACAUUCGACGUCGAUAUCAUUGUAACCAACAUUGGAAAAAUGAACGGAAGCCAUACGGUCUUGCUUUACUCAUACCCGCCUCAAGUGAUCCACAACUCACCUCAUAAACAACUCUUGGAUUUCAAGAAAGUGCAAUUAGGGCCUUGGAAUCACACUUCGGUUAGCUUCAAGAUCGAUGUUUGCAAGCAGAUGAGUGUGGUUGAUAAAGAUGGGAAUAGGAAGGUUGCAUUAGGGAGACAUGUGCUUCAAAUAGGAGACCUUAAACAUAACAUAAGUCUUAAGGUUUGAUGUGAUUAAGGGUAUGGGAUUUUGUUUCAGACGGUGUCGUUUUAGUGGAAUGACACCCUUAGCCACAGGAUCAUGGGUACACGAGAAAAUAAGGUUGGUGAAUGGUU